GUCUAAUCAAAGAGAAAAGAUGCAGAGCACUUCAAAUUACCUCUGGCUGUUGUCUGACAUUCUAGGACAGGGAGCUACCGCAAAUGUUUUCCGGGGACGACAUAAGAAAACUGGGGAUUUAUAUGCUGUCAAGGUAUUUAACAGUAUAAGUUUCCUUCGUCCUGUGGAUGUUCAGAUGCGAGAGUUUGAAGUGCUGAAGAAACUAAAUCACAAGAACAUUGUCAAAUUGUUUGCCAUCGAAGAAGAGACAACAACUAGACACAAAGUACUAGUUAUGGAAUUUUGUCCAUGUGGGAGUUUAUAUACAGUUUUAGAGGAGCCUUCUAAUGCCUUUGGUUUGCCGGAGUCUGAGUUCUUAAUUGUUUUGAGAGAUGUGGUGGCUGGGAUGAAUCAUCUCCGGGAGAAUGGAAUAGUGCACCGUGACAUCAAACCAGGCAAUAUAAUGCGUGUUAUAGGUGAAGAUGGUCAGUCUGUUUACAAACUUACAGACUUCGGUGCUGCAAGAGAACUUGAAGAUGAUGAACAGUUUGUUUCUCUCUAUGGCACAGAAGAAUAUUUACAUCCAGAUAUGUAUGAGCGAGCAGUUUUGAGGAAAGAGCAUCAGAAAAAGUACAGAGCAACAGUUGAUCUGUGGAGCAUAGGGGUGACCUUUUACCACGCUGCAACAGGGAGUUUGCCUUUCCGACCUUUUGAAGGACCUCGUAGAAACAAGGAAGUGAUGUAUAAAAUAAUCACUGGAAAGCCUUCUGGUGCUAUUUCUGGAAUACAGAAAGCAGAAAAUGGACCAAUUGAGUGGAGCUGGGAGAUGCCCGUUUCAUGUAGUCUUUCAAAGGGUCUGCAAGUACUGCUCACACCUGUCCUGGCAAACAUUCUUGAAGCAGACCAGGAAAAAUGCUGGGGAUUUGACCAGUUCUUCGCAGAGACAAGUGACAUACUACACCGAAUAAUAAUCCACAUCUUUUCACUACAGCAGAUGACCUUGCACAAGGUUUAUAUUCAUGGCUAUAACACAGCUGCCAUAUUUCAUGAGUUGGUCUACAAGCAGACAAAAAUACCAUCUCAGAAUCAAGAACUAAUAUAUGAAGGUCGGCGUUUAAUAAUAGAGCCUGGCAGAUUGGCCCAGCACUUCCCCAGAACAACUGAGGAGAAUCCUAUCUUUGUUGUAAGCAGGGAGGCUGUGACCAUUGUCGGACUGAUCUAUGAAGAAG